UCGAUUAGAUAAUACCUAAGUUUAUCAAUUAAAUUCGCACAGUCCAUUUUGUACGUUUCGUGUAUUAAUAUUAUAUUUAGCCCUUACAAUUAGAGAAGAAAGUUUAAGGUUAAUUAAUCCUUUCAGGACAAUGGCAAAUAUUUACGUCGGCUUUCACGACCAGAGGAGCAGCAGCAGGGUUUUGAAGCCCCCAGGUGGCGGAUCCUCAGAUAUUUUUGGCACAGGCCCAGUCAAAGCCAAAAACGAAGAAAUUAAAUCCGCCCCAAACACCCCUUCAAAGAACGACGUGGAUACAAAGAAUCAAAUCAACCCCGAGGAAAAGUCUGAUAGUGAUAGCGUAACUAACAACAAGCAAGUGGAACAGUCGAAUUCUGAAGAACUUAAGAUUGAAAAUUUGAGCAUCAACGAAGAAAACGGCGAAAAACUGGAAGACCGUCCAAGUGAAACCAAGGCAACAUCAAAACCCGAUACUAUAAGCAGUAUUAUCAGGCAAGACGACCAAGUCGAAGUCCAGAGUCCAGUUAUUGAACCUGAGAAGAAAACUCCACAACGCGUACCACCAGGUGGAUAUUCGUCUGGUUUGUGGUAAUUAAUUUUAAGUAUGUAUCCCGCUAAACAA